GCUCCCGGAGAGGCGGAGUCGGAAACGCGCAGCAUCGGUCUGUCGUUCUGCGGCUCUGCGGCUCCUCUCGUCUGUUUCUCGGCUGAUCUUCCGCGUUUCUUCUUCUUUCUGCCCGCUGGAACGCGUCGGAUCUUCGGCCUCACGGACGGACGGACCCGGCGGGUAUAAACCCGGCUAGCUCGGCUCGGCUCUACCCUCUGCGGUGAAGAAACCCGGACGGAGGCCCGAAGCGUGCGCUUAGACUCCCCGAGGCCUCCGGCCCGGACUCCCGCUUUUCUCCCGAAAAAUGGACGGAUUCACCGGCAGUUUAGAUGACAGCAUGUCAGGAGCAAGUGUCUCAGAUGUCAACGACCGUCUCUCUGCUCUGGAGCUUCGUGUCCAGCAGCAGGAAGAUGAGCUGACAGUCAUGAAAGCUGCUCUUGCUGAUGUCCUCCGCCGCCUCGCUGCCUCUGAAGCCUCUGCGGCCUCCUCAACCAAAAAACAUGGAGGGAAAGGUGGUGCCGCUCUUCGUGAAGCCUACUCGAUGUCCUGUAUCGCUAACGGAGGAACAUCUGGGCGGAAAAGAGACUCCACCUCGGUCACCAGGAAGGAGACGAUGGCGUCUGCUGCCAAGAGUGGUACGGAGAAGAAAGAGGUCAGCAGCCAGAGGUCUCAGAUGGAGGAGAUCCAGGAACGCGAAGAGCCUCCUCACCCAAAGGACCUGUCCCCCUCCCCAUCCUCCCCCCACCCUCCCCCCACCCAUCAGACCCCCCAGCAGCAGAGACCAGCUCAGUCUGCUGACAGCAGUAAAGGGCACAUUACUCCCAAAAGGGGCCUCAGUGUGAAGCGGCCCUCAGGUAUGGAGCGCUCUCAGAGCAGCACCUGGGACUCUUCGGAGGAAAACAGGAACAAACUGCUGAAAGCUGCUUCCACCUCAAAGCUGCUUGCCACAGUGGUCAAGAACUCUGACAGACACAAAGAGCCGGUGAUCAGUCACGCCAAAAUGUCAACCCGAGAGAAAAACAGCCAAGCUGAGGGGAAUCACAUUAAGAUGUUCAUGCGUGGUCGACCGAUCACCAUGUUCAUCCCUUCAGAUGUGGAGAACUACGAAGAUGUUCGGACAGAACUUCCUACAGAAAGACUCAAGCUGGAAUGGGUGUAUGGUUACCGUGGCAGAGACUGCAGAGCAAAUAUUUACCUCCUUCCGACUGGAGAAAUCGUUUACUUCAUUGCUUCUGUCGUCGUUCUGUUUAACUACGAAGAACACACUCAGAGACAUUACCUUGGACACACUGACUGUGUCAAGUGUCUCGCCAUCCAUCCUGAUAAGAUCCGGAUUGCUACAGGACAGAUUGCAGGAGUGGACAAAGAUGGACGGGCUCUGCAACCUCAGGUUCGUAUCUGGGACAGCGUCAGUCUCUCCACUUUGCAGGUAGUCGGCUUGGGAACGUUCGAACGAGGCGUCGGCUCGCUGGCUUUCUCCAAAGCUGACUCUGGUCAACACCUGAGUGUUAUUGACGACUGCAACGAUCACAUGUUGACAGUUUGGGAUUGGCAGAAGAAGUCCAAGAUCGCUGAGAUCAAGACCACGAAUGAGGUGGUCCUGGCUGUGGAAUUUCACCCGACUGACCCGAACACCAUCGUCACCUGUGGCAAGUCCCAUAUUUUCUUCUGGACAUGGUCCGGGAACUCACUGGCCCGUAAACAGGGAAUCUUUGGG